CUGUAAUGCUUACGUGGCCAUCUUGACUCGAUAGCUCUAUCCCACAAUACCUAAGUUACUGUGCGCUUCGCAGAACCACACCUCAAACUCGCUUCAGUAGACUUAUGAACCAGACGACCUGACGACUGGUCAUAACGCGAAAACCCACCCUUGAUAAACAAGAUCAGGGCCAGAAGGACUUGAAGAUGACGAUUUCAAUCACCGAUUCCAAGAUUUUAUUCAUAUUUAGUUUGCUACAGAUAACUGAUGUCACAAUCUUUGACUGUGUGUCUGCUAUGCAGGCGGCUGCCUUAUCUACUCCAGUGGCAAAUAAAACAAAAGGCAGUUUUGCAAGUAGUUUGGAUCAUCAUAACCUUGUAAAAAGAAGUACAUGUCCUCAAGAUGAACAUGCUGGAAACAAUGGAUUGUGCUGCCAGAUGUGUACAGAAGGCCAGCAAUUGAAGGAGGAUUGUACAACUGAACACGGAAAUCCAACCUGUGUGCAGUGUCCAUUAGGAACAUAUACUUCCUACCCAAACUACUUAACAGAGUGUGAAUUCUGUAGAGUAUGUGACAAAGAGAAUGGGUUGGUAGAAGAGUUGCCAUGCAGUAUAACUAGUAACAGAAAGUGCAGAUGUGUGAAGGGCUUCUACUGUGAUGCCGAGACAGACUGUUUCCACUGUAAACCCUGCCAAAAGUGCGUAAAUUCUGAGAUUGAAAAAGAAUGUACACAAACCAAUAACACGGUCUGCAAGCCAACAGCAGAAAGUGACAACAAUUGGUGGAUCUUUCUUAUUGUUUUACCUAUAGUGGCAGUGGCAGUAAUCCUAGUAAUAGGAUCCUUUUAUUGUUGGAUCACCAAAAAACUCUGCUUUGGCAAAAAAUAUAAACUUGAAGUCGAUGAAAACAGAACACAUGCUACUGAGAUCGACCCUCUUCUUCCAGAUAUUGACCUUCAACCCCAUCUCUACUUUAUUGCGAACACAGUUGGCUUCAGUGAGACCAGGAAGUUUCUUUUAACAAAUGGAUUUUCCAAGGGAGAAGUUGAAAAUAUUGUAGGGAACAAUCCAAACAGUGUUAGGGAUCAGACUUUUGAAUUAUGGGCAGAAUGGUACCAACGAAAUGGAAUUCCUAAUGCCUAUUCCAAUUUGAUAAAGAAGCUCCAGGAAAUGAAACUAAACCAAAAUGCAGAUGCAAUACUCAGGGAAGUCGGCAACUGUUCAAAAUGAAAAUGGAGACUGUGAUUGUGAAGAUGCGUAGCCCUUUCCAGUGUGUUAUAACAACAAGAAGUGCCAAGGUCACAGUGAGCAUUUAUCAUCUGCGGCAGGCGUUUUCAACUGGGGGUACUUCUAAGGGACAUAGGGGGUACGCAGGAUGACUUAUUAAUGCACAAAUAAAAUGAAAGUAAGAGAAAAUAAUGAGCUUGAAUUUUUAAAAAUUGUAUUAUAUAGUCUCUAAACCACGAUGUAUACUUAUUUAAUCUUUGUUUAGCAUCUGAAAAUUAACGGCUAAUGGGGGGGGGGGGGAUUUAUCACGUCCACAUUUUCCACCUGUACGCAUGCACAAUUUCAUUUGUGUGGAUUUCCACUUUGAUAAGAACAUAAGAAAGUUUACAAACGAGAGGAGGCCAUUCGGCCCAUCUUGCUCGUUUGGUUGUUAGUAGCUUAUUGAUCCCAGAAUCUCAUCAAGCAGUUUCUUGAAGGAUCCCAGGGUGUCAGCUUCAACAACAUUACUGGGGAGUUGAUUCCAGAUCCUCACAAUUCUCUGUGUAAAAAAGUGCCUCCUAUUUUCUGUUCUGAAUGCCCCUUUAUCUAAUCUCCAUUUGUGACCCCUGGUCCUUGUUUCUUUUUUCAGGUCGAAAAAGUUGACAUUGUCAAUACCUUUUAGAAUUUUGAAUGCUUGAAUCAGAUCACAGCCUAGUCUUCUUUGUUCAAGACUGAAUAGAUGCCUUUUAAACCCAGGAUAAUUCUGAUCGCUCUUCUUUGCACUCUUUCUAGAGCAGCAAUAUUUGUUUAUUACCGCGUCUGCAUUUUAUUAACAGCAAUAGCGUCUGGUUGAAUAUGUGUUCGGUGUUUGAUGCAAUACAUUUCCUACUUGCAAUAAAAAAACAAAGGAAAACACAAAGGUCAAAGUUAUACAGAGUCCCUUUGGAUCAUUUUUAGAGACCAUCACAGUGGCUUGGCAAGUAGCACAUUUUAGUUUUUUCCAAUGAGCCUGUGUUAACUCCUAGCCAGUGCUGAGUGCAAGGCCACUACACUGAAGUACAGGUCAGAAUGUAUCAGAUAAACCAAGAAAUGUCUAAUUGUUUACAGCUGUUUUGAAGCCUGCACUUUAAUAAAAAGGAUAUAUAUAUUUAGUUUUUUAUUGUAAAUUCAAAAAUAUAGUAACGCUAUAUUGUUCUAAUAAUGUUUUAGGGUAAUGCGUAUCUGAAAUGUAUUCAUGUUUAAUAAAAUGUGCGAGAUUUCCAAAACCCACAUGGGAAUGCUUUAUUAUUAUGUGGUUUCAUUGUUAAAUCAUAAAUAAAUUAACACAAAAAUAAAAAUGCAUUUUUACACUA